UGCAAUCACAGGCACAGAAUUCCGGGCCUUCGGAUACGUGGUGCGGGAAGAUGUCAUCAUUGCCAAGAAGAGCAAAAGUAAAGGUCCAGACUGCAGUAUCCAAGGAUGAAUUUUCUUCCUUCUCUGAGUUAUCCUCUGCCUCUGAAGAAGAUGACAAGGAAGAUAGUGCCUGGGAGCCCCAAAAGAAAGUCCCCAGAAAUACUAAGCCAGCUGUUCGCAAGGAAUCCAGACCAAAGAGGGUGCCCCGGGUGAAGAAGAAUGCCCUGCAGAUCAGUGAUGGCUCAGAAGGAGUGGUGGUUAAGGAGGCGCUGACUACUGCUGUGGCUGAUGUUGAUUUGGAAGACAGAAAAAAUAAAUUGGCUACUGUGCAGACUCUGAAAACAGCAAAGACCAAACGGAAAAGUUCAGCUCAAUUACCUUCAGCUCAGAAGACCAAAAAGCUGAAAGUCGAUGAAGAAACCAACAGAGCUGGCAACUUCAAGAGUGAGAGUAACAAUACAGAAACACCAUCCACAAGCACCCUGUGGGAAGGGGCCUGCAAGAGGGAAGAGAAUGAAGAUGACUGUACAUCUGGCCAGUCCCCAUUAAAGACAGUGAAGACCGAAAUACUUCCUCAGGGGCAGCCUGACAAGUUUCUGGCAAACGCCAGCAAUAUUACAGAGGAGCUGGAAAUGAACUGGGACAUAGUACAAGUUUUAUCUGAGAGAACUAAUAUUGAACCUUGGGUUUGUGCCAACAUCAUUCGUCUCUUUAAUGAUGAUAACACAAUUCCCUUCAUUGUACGUUAUCGGAAAGAGCUCAUUAACAACCUUGAUGCUGACUACUUGAGAGAAGUUCAACAGACUCUAGAGGAGCUACGGGCUGUUGCAAAGAAGGUUCGUAGUACAAUCCAGAAAAUUAAGAAGGAAGGAAAGAUGUCUGAAUGCUUGUUAAGAGCCUUGCUGAACUGUAAAACUUUUGAAGAACUAGAACACGUGUCAGCUCCAUAUAAAACUGGGAGCAAAGGCACCAAAGCCCAGAGAGCAAGGCAGUUGGGAUUAGAGGAAGCAGCCAGGACCCUGCUUGAGAAUCCGGGGAUGCUCAAUCUGCUGUCUUACAUUCGACCCAAUGUAAAAGGGCUUUCGGCCCUCCAGGACGUUGAAGCUGGAGUGCAGCAUAUUUUAGCGGACAUGAUCGCUAAAGACAGAGAAACGCUUGACUUCAUAAGGAAAUUGUGCCAAAAUAGAUAUAUUUCUAUUCAAUCAUCUUUGGCAAAAGUGUCUUCAAAAAAAGUAAAUGAGAAAGAUGUUGAUAAGUUUCAUCUCUACCAGAAUUUUUCAUGCAACAUAAGAAACAUCCAACAUCAUCAGAUUCUGGCUAUUAACCGUGGAGAAAAUUUGAAGAUACUGACAGUCAAGGUCAACAUUCCUGAUGGAGUUAAGAAUGAAUUCUGUAGGUGGUGCAUCCAAAACAGGUGGAGACCACGUCGCUUUGCAAGGCCAGAGUUAAUGAAGAUCUUACACAGUUCAGUGGAUGAUUCUUUUAAACGCCUUAUUUAUCCUCUCCUCUGUAGAGAGUUCAGAGCCAAACUAACAUCAGAUGCAGAGAAGGAAUCUGUAAUGAUGUUUGGACGGAACCUUCGUCAGCUCCUUUUAACAAGCCCUGUUCCCGGGCGCACCUUGAUGGGAGUGGAUCCUGGUUACAAACAUGGGUGCAAAUUAGCUAUAAUUUCUCCUACCAGUCAGAUACUUCAUACUGAUGUGGUUUACUUGCAUUGUGGACGAGGCUUCCAAGAGGCAGAGAAAAUAAAGAGGCUUUUGCUGAAUUUCAACUGCAGCACAGUGGUGAUUGGAAAUGGAACUGCCUGCCGGGAAACAGAAGCUUACUUUGCUGACCUGAUAAUGAGAAAUUACUUUGCACCACUGGAUGUUGUUUACUGCAUCGUUAGUGAAGCAGGAGCAUCAAUCUACAGUGUCAGCCCUGAAGCUAACAAGGAGAUGCCAGGACUGGACCCCAACUUGAGAAGUGCAGUUUCCAUAGCAAGACGUGUACAAGAUCCAUUAGCUGAGCUGGUGAAAAUCGAGCCAAAGCACAUUGGAGUUGGAAUGUAUCAGCACGAUGUAUCCCCAACUUUACUCAAGGCAACACUGGACAGUGUUGUAGAAGAAUGUGUCAGCUUUGUGGGAGUGGAUAUUAACAUUUGCUCAGAAGUUUUGUUAAGGCAUAUUGCAGGACUCAAUGCCAACCGAGCCAAGAAUAUUAUUGAUUGGCGAGAGAAAAAUGGGCCAUUCAUCAACCGAGAACAGCUGAAGAAAGUGAAAGGGCUGGGUCCAAAAUCUUUCCAACAGUGUGCUGGAUUCAUCAGAAUUAACCAGGAUUAUAUUCGAAAAUUUUGCAGUCAACAAACUGAUUCUGGAGGCCCAAAUCAGGGAGUUGCCAUGACGUCUCCAGCAGGUGCUGAGGUCACAAACGAGAAGCAGGGCAAGAAGAAGAGCAAAACCACAGCGAAUGUUGUACUGAAGCCAGAUCCUUUGGACCAAACUUGUAUUCACCCGGAAUCGUAUGACAUAGCGACGAGGUUUUUAUCGUUCCUUGGAGGAACACUGUGUGCGAUUGGAAAGCCUGAGAUGCAGCAAAAAGUAAAAUCAUUCGUUGAACAGGAAGGAGUAGAGAAAAUUGCAGAACGACUACAAACAACAGUCCACACCUUACAGAUCAUCAUAGAUGGUCUCAGCCAGCCUGAAAGCUUUGACUUUCGGACAGAUUUUGUUAAACCCGAUUUUAAGAGAAGCAUAGUCUGCUUGAAAGAUCUGCAGGUCGGGACAGUUCUUACAGGCAAAGUGGAGAAUGCCACCUUGUUUGGGAUUUUUGUGGAUAUAGGAGUGGGGACAGCAGGGCUGAUCCCCAUACGAAAUAUAACAGAAGCCAAACUGUCUAAAACGAAGAAGAGAAGGAGCCUGGGACUUGGCCCCGGAGAAAGAGUGGAAGUCCAAGUGCUCAACAUCGAUGUGCCCCGAUCCAGGAUUACCCUGGACCUCAUCCGGGUGCUGUAAGUGCCCCAUAGCGGCCAGACACGUUAUUUCCUUGUCUCUACAGGUGGGCAAGAAUAAGCCAGAUGUUUGUGACCUUCUGUUGGAUAGAAGAUGAGAACGAAGGCACUUGAUAUCAGAAGUAUUUUCCAAACACUUGCCUAAUUUUCCUUUCUGAAUAAAUAGAAAACUAAUAAUUUGGUAUCUUUUUUCUUUAAAGAAAACAACUAAUAGGCAUCCUUAUGUGGCUUUAUGUAGUAAUGAUUUUCUGACCAAAAUGUUAUUUUUUGUAACUCACCUUUGACUCCUUUUGACUUUUGUAUAAGAGAUUAUUUCACUGCUACUUGCCCAUUUGCCUUGCUGGACUUGUAUGGAAUUAUCUUCCUGACUUGAUUUAUAGUGUUUAAUUCUUCCUUUUUAUAUAUUUUUUAAAAUCAGACCUUUUAGAUUUGAUUCAUGAUUUUCCCUUGCCAAGCCAAGCAAAAAUAUAUCAGUAAAACAGACCCUGAUGUGUUUGUAACCCUCAAGUGGAUGGCUCAAAACAUUUCUCAGAAGGCUGUAUGUAUUGAUCACGUCAAUAAAGUUUUGUGGCUAGUGACAUUGUUUUUGCUAUGAUGUUUCAGUGAGUGACCUGCAGGUCAUUUUGAUCGAAGGAGGUGUGGCACACACCUGUACAAGUUUUAUAUAAAUCAGCUGUGCUUU